AUCCACCAUGUUGAAUUCAAUUAUGGAAGCUUGAUAAUGACUUGAGCAAUCACACCUUCUAACCCUUCUUACCAUUCUUUCGUACUUACGAGCCGGUGAUCGUUUCUAUACAUUGUUUACAUUAUUUUUCUACUAUGUCGGUCAUUCAAGUGGAAGAUCUCGUCUCUUAUCAAUUGAGAUCAAAUUAUUUAAACACAAUCGCGGAUGGUGUUGGUGAAAGGCUCAUAACAAUCAACGAUGGAUUCCUAAACACUCCCGGAUUCAAAGCUGCUGGAUGGCGCACGAAUGCCGCAAAUAUAAAACGAACUCAUUCCCCACCAAUACCCACCGCCAUCGCAUCGGAAUAUUUCCAAGCACCACCUAGAUCAGCUGGUCUGGCACCUUCAGGUCUUGAAGAUGAAGUCGAUGAAGGAGGUUUGCUCACAGGAGGGGCAGGGGAUACUGUUGGGCCUGGAAUCGCUACCAAAAGGAGGCGCAGACGAGAACAAAUGGAGGAGGAAGAUAGCAGUGAUUUGAGUGAUGAUAGUGAUGAUGAUGGAGAUCAAAGGGCAGCACAACAAAUCAAAUUCUCUAAAAUGCCUAUACGAAAUCGUUCUGGUUCUUCUCCUAUUCGUGGAUCCAAUCUUCGACAAUCUACUACUGCGAGUUCUCCUUCACGCACUCCAGGACCUGGCAUAAGAAGGGGUUCUCAGUCUGCUGUGGAAGUUGUGAAGGAAAGAGCAAGAAGAGAUACUGUUACGAGUAGUGAAAUGUCAUCUGAUAAUGAGUUUGAUGCAUCUGCUUUCCAAAGACAGAGAGAAUCAAACAGAAAUGCUGCGAGAGCCGGCAGAACGGUUCGAACACGUCCGUCGGAUCCUGAUGUGGGUGUGAAGAGACAAGUCAGUGAUCUCUUAGAAGAGGAGGAGGAAGAAGAAGACUCGGGAUCAGAUAUGUCUUCCACAUUUGGUGGUAGUAUCGACAGUGCAUCCAUAUUAGAUAGUGUCGAUGGACCGAUAACUGCAGCUCCAGAACAUAUCGGUAAUACUAUACCUCGAGAUCUUAUACGAUCACCAACGAAAAGAUCCAAGCCAGCCCCUCCAAUACUUCAAGCCCUACCACCUCCUCGUCCAAUUAGUAUGAUACAACCCAAGAGUUUGUUGACAGCAAUGAUUACGGCUAAGCGAACGAAAGCUAAUAUGCCAUUUGAAAAUUUUGCAUCUCUCUCUGGACAAGGUGAUCCAAACCCUAUCAAUAUCCGUAUAUUGGCGCCAUUUGCUACUUCAACAAAGAAGCCCUACGAGGUUUUGAUUCGAAGAACUGUUCAUGAAGAUGAAUCACAUAAUCGACCAGUGGUCAUUACUGAUUUGAUCGGGUUGAGUCUAUGGAGGUAUUUUGAGGAAAAAUUGGAACCUACCAUAGCCCCUGAGAAAUUGAAUGUCAAUCGAUGGAUCUUAAGGAUGGUCGAUGAUGGGGAAGUGGACACCGACUUCCCACCUCUUGAUCGUCUCAAGCCAGUUACAUCAUUUACGUUUGCCAACAAUAAAGCUGGACCAAGAGCGAGAUCAAAUUCCAAAACUUUUGACGAGUUUGCUUUGGUUGAAGCUACCGAUGAACAGUUUGAGGAGAAUCAGAGGCUUACACCUCAAUUCAAACAAGAGGCGGUUGCCUCAUCUGAAACGGAAGAAGAUUUUACUCCUAUCAAUACACCCAAAGCUAAUACUUCAUUUCCUCUUGGUACACAACCUUAUCAAAAUCCUCUUCUUACAACCAUGACUGCAUUACGAAAGAAUUCCACGUUAGCAGAUGCACCUACAAUUGGAACAGCUCUUACUCAACCUACUUCUCGAGGUGGUGGUACAAAAAAGAUCUUGAGCAUUCACAUUCAUUCGAUAAAUGCUACACCUGGGCAAAUGGUCGCUCUGGAAGUCACAACCGAUACUUACUUGGCUGAUGUCCUCGAUACGGUUUGUAAGAAGAGACAACUGGACAAAGCAGGACACGUUCUAAAACUUACCGGAUCUGGGACUGUUGUUUAUCUUGAUCGCACAGUAGGAUCAAUUGGUAAUUCAUCAGAACUAGAUUUGUAUCGGCGACGUUUUGCUACGGAUGGACCAUUAACGAUGACUGGUUCACCAUCAAGUAGUACACCCAAUUCAUUAAUGGUAGAUCGACCCGAUCCUCGCAAAGCUCGCAAGGGAACUCAAAUGUUAGUACCACAUCCUCUCAUGGAGAGUGUCAAGCAAGAUGAACUUGGAAGUGCCAACUAUCGAAGGUAUAUAGUAUGGCGAAAACAACCAAUGAGAUUUGUAGGAAUGAAUGAAAGAGUGAUUGCGAUUGAUGGAGAAUAUCUACAUAUUCUUCCAGCAUCCACAGGAAAGACGAUGUUUGAAGGACAAGGUAAAACAACCACGGUGCAUUUUAGUAAUGUGGUUGGUUGUAAAGUAACACGAAGACACCCGACCAAUUUCAAGCUUGUGGUAUACAAAUCACGAGAAGAAAAACGAUAUGAUUUUGAAGCCAAAAGUGCAGAUGAAGCGGCAGAGAUAGUAUAUGAGAUUAAGAAGGGAAUUGCUCCAUAUCAAACCAAUAACUGAAUGAACAUUAUUUACAUUGUACCUCAAUAGUCUGCCUCCACGGCAGUGGCUCCCGGAGGGCCAGCGGAGCGUCAUUUGCAAUGGUCUCACAGACAUUCAAUGAUGGAAUAUUCUCGAUUCUCGAGGACUUGAUUGAAACGGGUUGAAACCACCAAGCGUUUGGUGGCGAUGAACUCUUAAGUAAUUGGUUACAUGUUCAUGUAACUUUUCUUGGAUUACUUUCCCCGAUUUGAUCUUGGAAGAAAGGAUUCGCAUCAGGCAUCGGCUACUUAGAUCAUUACCAAGACGCAGGUGGCAAUAGAAUGUACCUACCUCUAGCAACCAUCUAGUUGCCGAGGAUCUGA